CGCCUCUCUGCCCUUCCUUUCCUCACUCCGUCGUCCGUCAAAACAUAGUCGCCCAGCACUCAGCACUGCAACGAGGCGAUCCGACGCCGUUCUCUGCCACGUGAAGCCGGGAAGCCGUCGCGGCUGUGUGACCAGCAGCUUCCCUCUUACCUUCGUCUCCAUCGCCGUCUGGAACAGCUCCGACGGCCAGCAUGGCCUCCCAGUCGACAUCCCAGGCAGUAGCCUCGGGCAACCUCGUCGAUCUCGUCUCCUCGACCGGCGCCGCAACCAUCUAUCCCAAUGACGACGCCAUCCUCGCCGUCCUCCAGGCCCGAUUCCGCGCCGACCUGCCCUACACCCGCGUCGGCGCGACCACGCUCGUUGCAGUCAACCCCUACAAGACGCUCGCCAGCAUGAACGAUGCGAGCGCGGACGAAUACGAGGAGCGAUGUUACAAGGACACCAGCUUACCCAUGGCCGACUCGCCCAAGCCCCUGCAGCCUCAUGUGUACGACCUCGCCGCGCGUGUGUACUUGAUGAUGAGGAGGCGGGGGGAGUCCCAGGCAUUGCUCACGAGAGGUAUCACCGGCUCGGGCAAGUCCUCGACGAUGCAGCUCUUCCUCCAGCAGCUCCUCCGGCUGUCGUCCCACUCCAAGCGCGAACUCAAGGUCGCCGACCAGGUCAAGGCCAUGUACACCGUGCUCGACUCGUUCGGCAACGCCAAGACCCUCAUGAAUCCGAAUGCGACCCGGCACGGCCGAUACAUCGAGCUGCACUUCAAUGAGCGGGGUCGUAUCUCCGCUGCUAAAGCUCUGACAUACGGACUCGACAAGUCCCGCGUCAAUCGGCUGUCGCAGGAGGAGCGGUCCUUCCAUAUAUUCUACCAAUUCCUCAUGGGAGCAACCACUGCCGAGCGCGAUCACUUCAACUUGGAAGAUGCAUCGGAUUAUGCUCUCCUCGCGUCUUCCGGCACAUAUCGACUACCUGGUGGCCCCUUCAGUGACGAUGGGAUCGCCAUGGAGGAGCUCCGUCUGGCUAUGCGCACCCUCGGCUUCAAGCAGAAACACAUGGCGUCCAUAUUCUCCCUCAUCGUCACCAUCCUCCUCCUCGGCAACCUACAAUUCGUCGAUGGUGACGCACCGGACGUCCCCGCGUUCAUCACCAACGUAGACGUGCUGGAGACAUGUGCACGACUGCUCGGCGUUCCACAAGAAGAACUUGGCCAGACGCUGACAAAUAAGACGAGCUACGUUCGCAAGGAGAUGUUCACAACGAUCCUGAACGCGGAGCAGAGUGCAGCGCAGCGCGAUCACUUCGUCCGCGAUCUCUAUGCGAUCCUUUUCGCUUUCGUUGUCGAGACCGCCAACCACAAGCUCGCACCACCGUCGGCGGAUGCACCACCAUCGACUCAGAUUGUCCUUGUGGACCAGCCUGGCUUCCAAACGCGCAAUCCGUCCGGCACGUCGUCCAUGGCUCUCACGGGCUCCGCCCCCCUGAUCUCUGCAUAUGGUCAGAACCGCUUCGAGGAGUUCUGCAUCAACUUUGCGGACGAGGUUCUCCAUGCGCAUGCCCUCAAGAACACAUUCGACGAUGCCGUUGGCUACAACGCUUACAUAACGGGCGACGGCGUCGCGCUACCCUCGAUCGCGACCAUGGACAACGCGGCAUGCGUUGAGCUGCUACGCGGGGUCACGAGUGGCGAUGCGCGGCCAAAGAAGCCGGGAGGGUUUCUCGGCGUGCUCAACAAGGCGUGCUCAGCGUACAAGUCUGGCAAGGGCCCGGAACACGACCGAGACGAGCAACUGCUGCAGGAGCUUGUCGCGCAGUUCGGCGUGCACAAGUCGUUUGUGUCGGCGCCUAGUCUGGGUGGCGCGCAGGAUCGCACGUUGUUCGGCAUCAACCACUAUGCGGGCAGCGCCACGUACGACAUCGCGGGUUUCGUUGAGCGGGACGCGGACCUGCUGGAUGCGGCUUACGUUGGGCUGUUGAGGGGCUCCGCUGAGCCGUUCGUGGCGAAGUUGUUCUCGGGGCCGUCGCUGGCGGCGGAGCGGCACCAUCGGGAUGAGCACAUCCUUGCACAGGCGCAGGUGUCAGCCCGCCCGCUGCGGUCGCCGACCGGUGAUACCCCUCGCCUGGACCCGGCGAAGAUCUACCCUGUGACUACUCAGCUGAACGCGACGCUGGGCGAUCUCCUCGCUGCGCUCUCUCGGGCGAAGCUAUGGACUCUGGCGUGCAUCCGCCCGAACGACUCUGGAUCUCCGAACUCCUUCGACAAGCGGCGAGUCCGGGCGCAGAUCCGGUCAUUGCUGUUGCCUGAUGUUGCUGCGCGGCGCGCAACGGAGUUCGUCGCGGAUUAUCAGCUAGAGGAGUUCUGCGAGCGCUUCGUUCCGCGAAUGCAGGGCACGCCGGAAGAGCGCUUCACGCAGUGCGUCCGCGCGAACGGUUGGCACGAGGGGACGGACUUCGCACGCGGGCAUCUGCGCGUGUGGCUAUCCUACGACGCGUGGAAGGUAGCGGAGGACACCGUGCGCGCGAACGAGAAGGAGAUGCGACAGCGGGAGGAAGAGGAGGAUGUGGCGGCGGAUAUCGCCGACGACGCGACGGAGUAUACUCAGGAGCAGCCGUACGAGGAAGAUGCGCUGCUGCAGCAGGGAGCGCGCGGCUUCGAGGGCGGGUACGCGGCGGGCGGACUUGGCACUCCUACGACUGGCGGACCGUUCAACGAUCCAUGGGGUGGCGACUAUGAUCAAAAGUCGCCACCGACGCCGGGUGAGCCUGACGUGCCGUACCUCAACAAGGAGUCCUCGUCGGGGCUGGUCGUCAAGGAGGCGCCGAAUACGGUCGAAGAGGUUCCGUCAUCACGAUCACGACGCUUCUGGCUGUUCAUCGUACGCGCGAGUACCUGGAUGAUCCCCGCAUGGGCGCUCAGCAAGAUGGGGCGUAUGAAGCGGCCGGAUAUCCAGCUCGCGUGGCGCGAAAAGGUCACCAUUUGCUGGCUCAUCUUCCUCUUGAACGCGAUAGUCAUCUUCUACAUCGUCGAGUUCGGCCGGUUGUUAUGCCCCGACUUCGAUAAAGCGUGGUCGGCGUCUGAGCUUGAGGCCCACACUGAGGAUAACAACUGGUGGGUCGCCGUGCAGGGCAAGGUGUACGACAUGACGGACUUCAUACACGGCGACCAUUCGGACAUCUACGGAACGAAGUCGAACAACAAGGCCGACCUUGAGGAGCUCGCUGGGAAAGAUCUUACUGGUUACUUCCCUGUCCCCCUGUCUCUCGCUUGCGGCAGUCUUAUCGGUGACGCCGACAUCAAGCUCCUCAACAAGAACUUCACGGCCACGGUGCCGACGGCGGUGCAUACUUCGGGCAGUCAACAGUCGGCUGAGGAUACCAGGCUUCGAGACGACAACUGGUACACGCAGCGGUUCGUGCCCAAGAUGAAGGAGUUCUACAAGGGCCCUCUCGUGUUUUCCUCCAAGACCAUCUACGGCGAUGCAAAUUCGGACGACGACACGAACAACAAAGUUUGGGCCGUUUACAAGGACAACGUGUACGACUUGACGGAUUACAUGUAUACUCUGGACACGUAUUCCAACGACGACCAGUACAACUUCCUCGAUGAGGACAUUACGGACGUUUUCAGCCAGCAGACCGGCCAGGACAUUACGAAGCAGCUUCAGAAGGUUCUCGACGGCAAGGACUCGAGCACAGUCCAGAACAACAUGGACUGUCUCAACAACGCAUUCUACGUCGGCAAGAAGGACUUCCGGUAUACGGCGCGAUGCCAGGCCCAGAACUACGUCCUACUCGUCAUCUCCGGUAUCCUGAUGGUGUCGAUGUUGCUCAAAUUCUUGGCGGCAUUGCAGUUCGGUGGCAAACAGAACCCCGAGUUGCAGGACAAGUUCGUCUUGUGCCAGGUCCCUUGUUACACGGAGGGCGAAGAAUCCCUUCGGCGCACGAUCGAUUCGCUCGCUGGCCUUCAAUACGAUGACAAACGCAAGCUCAUCUUCAUCAUCUGCGAUGGCAACAUCAUCGGCAGCGGCAACGAUCGCACGACUCCGCGCAUCGUCCUCGACAUCCUCGGUGUCGACCCGAAGCUAGACCCGGAACCUCUGCUCUUUAAGUCCGUCGGCGAGGGCGCUAAGGCUCUCAACUACGGCAAAGUUUAUUCUGGUCUCUACGAAUUCGAGGGUCACGUCGUACCAUAUAUGGUCGUCGUCAAAGUCGGCAAGCCUACUGAGCGAGCGAAGCCCGGUAACCGUGGCAAGCGUGACAGUCAGAUCCUGCUUUUGCACUACCUCAACCGCGUGCAUUUUGAUGCGCCCAUGUCGCCGUUGGAACUAGAGAUCUACCACCAGAUGAGGAACGUCAUCGGUAUCGACCCAGCCUUCUACGAGUAUAUCUUCACCGUCGAUGCUGACACGAGCGUCACCCCGGAAGCACUCAAUCGUCUGGUCGCGUCUUCCGCGGAUGAUUCGAGCAUUAUCGGCAUAUGCGGAGAAACACGACUGGAGAACCCUGAAGGGUCAUGGGCGACGAUGAUCCAGGUCUACGAGUACUACCUAUCUCACCAUCUUGCCAAGGCUUUCGAGUCCCUCUUCGGCUCCGUCACCUGUUUGCCCGGUUGCUUCACGCUCUUCCGCAUCCGCACGGCCGACAAAGGACGUCCCAUCAUCAUCUCCAACCGUGUCAUCGACGAGUACUCAGAGCCGAAUGUGGACACCCUGCACAAGAAGAACUUGUUCUCGCUCGGUGAAGAUCGUUUCUUGACGACGCUCAUCAUGAAGCACUUCCCGACCUUCAAGACCAAGUUCAACCCGCAUGCGCUCUGCCAUACGGUGGCGCCGGACUCUUGGCGCAUUCUCUUCUCGCAGCGUCGUCGAUGGAUCAACUCCACCAUUCACAACCUGUGCGAGCUUGUCCUGCUCCCAGAGCUGUUUGGGUUCUGCUGUUUCUCCAUGCGGUUCUUCGUCUUCUUGGACUUGCUGGGCACCCUCAUCCUGCCCGCGACCUGUGUUUAUCUCAUCUAUCUCAUCAUCGUUACGGCCACCGGUGCAUCGGCUUUCCCAACCAUUGCCAUCGCCAUGAUAGCUGCCACAUAUGGCCUUCAGGCCUUGGUCUUCAUCUUGAAGAGAGAAUUCAUGCUGAUCGGCUGGAUGGUGGUAUAUCUUCUUUCGUAUCCAGUGUACAGUUUCUUCCUUCCGAUAUACUCGUUCUGGUGCAUGGACGAGUUCGGCUGGGGUAACACGCGUCUCGUCAUCGGCGAAGGCAAGGACAAGAAGGUCAUCAUGAACGAGGAUGAGAAGUUCGACGAUUCUAUGAUUCCGCUCAAGAAGUUCAGCGAAUACGAGGCCGAGGCAUGGGAAACUGGCUCAAGACACUCUGGCGAGACCGGCUACGGCAGCAAGUCGCGAGGACCUGGCUCUCGCGACCAUUCGCCGCACACCUACAACCAGGCGUCCAACGCUGGCGACUACUACCGCGACACGAACGCCAUGUUCAAGUCCUCGCAGUCGCGGUUCGGCGGCAACGAGAGCAACGCGUCUGUCAGCAACCUCUCGCACUACAACAACGCGCAACCCAUGACCCACAACUAUGGGUCUAUGCCUCAACUCCCUUUCAUGCCUUUCGCGAACGCACCCGGCUCCGUCGCUGGCUCCGACUACGGCGGCGCGCCGAUGAUGCCCCAGAUGCCCUACCAGGGCACCGGAAGCAUGUAUGGGAUGAUGCCGCCGGGCGCAGGGAUGCCUAUGAUGGGGCAAAUGUACACCGGCGGUAGCUUCGGGGGUUCGCAAGUGGGCGCCAUGGGUCCCAUGAACACGGGCAUGGGCCAACGACCAAUGUCCACGUUCUCGAUGGCUACGUCGGUGAAUCCGUUUGCAGGGCCCAGCCAGAGCGAGAACCCUACAGACGAGGAGCUGUUCAAUGCCUUGCGGAACUAUCUGAGUACGCAGGACUUGAUGACGGUGACGAAGAAAACGGCGCGCGAGGCGAUCAUGGCACGGUUCCCGAGAGCGGACCUAUCGUCGCGCAAGGACUUCUUGAACCAGUCGAUUGACAAGAUCUUGUCGGAGUCAUAGACGGACUGCAUGGGACUGUUACGCUUCUGCUCUUUCGCUAUCGCGCGCUCUCUGCAUCGUACGCUGCAUAUAAUCUGGUACCCCUCGUCCUGCGUUUACUAUGCACGGUCGGCUACUACUAUCCCAUCCCCCUCAUGCGGACUCGUUCGCUCAUCCUGCAUCCCUUCCGCUCUCUCGUUGCAUACGACUCCUCGUGGACUAAUAUGUAGUUUGUGAUAUUGGUGGACUUCAGGCGCAAUCGGACUGGACACACUUAGCUAUAUAUUACCGUAGUACUUCUCUGAUACUCCGUCUGCGGCGCUCAACCUGGUUAGACGCUCUUUUGAACGACGGCUAAGCCGAAUGACCGAA